UAUAUAGUACGUGUGUCCGUGUGUGUGUAUACGCGGGCUUGCCUCCAGCAGCUCGAGCCGUUUCGCCGCAGCAGUUCGGAGCAGUUGGCCGCGAUCGCAGCUCGGCAGUUACGCCGCCGCACGCCGCUCGCCAGUAGCGCAGUAGUCGCGUACACCGCACUUGUCCGCACCUCGACUCUCUCUAUACUCGUAUUUUUUAUAUACAACACUUGGAUCAACACCUAUCUCGCAAAACUGUCAACUGCGCUCUGCUCCAAUUCUGUGUGAAUCUUUGAUCUUUUUGCUCGUGUGCUCGUGUUUGUGUUGUGUCCGUGGAUUAUCGCGUGUGUGUGUGUGUGCCAAUUCGUUAGCCCCGCUGAUACGUUGAAUCGUCGUGCAGCCGAGCACGUGUGCUUCGUACUCGACGCUCCGUGCGCACGUAACCGAAGUAUACAGUCGCGCUCGCCCAUAAGCCAAAACUAUCGUUAUCCGCAAUCCUUGUGUACAUGUACUUGUGUAUAUCAUACACUUGUGUGUGCGAGCCGCGCGACACAUGCGCACGAUAUACAUAUAUAAAAAAAAUCAUACGCAGCUCUACAUAGCGGCGGCACAGGCCCGAGGCGCGAUAUAUACCUUCUCUCUGCUGGUGUAUAAUCGCGCGCAGCAGGUGAGAAUUCGAUAAUAGCCGGGGCCAGGCGUGGUGUUUUGGGCCGAGGUGUGCUGUAUGUGUGCGAUAGCUCAAGGGCCUCCAUAAACCAGACACCAUAAUACAGGACCCGCCGAACUAUGGCGUCCACUACCGAUUAUCAUCCCGCUGCUUGCGCUUCGAAUCGGCUGCCGAGACGCCGACUCAGCCCCGAAGUGCAGUGCUGAACCCGCGAGGCUUCAACCCAUUUAUAUACAAGUAUUAUAUACCGUGCAGUGCCAAAGUGUAUCUCGUGUAUAUUUCGGCGCGAAAGUGAGCGAAUUUUCCAAACGCGGUGUCCUCAGUGAUGUACAUAGAGAUCCACGAGUCGGAGUGUCGAUCAUUCGGUGCAGCAGUACUCUUGCUCCGUGAGAGAUAAAGAAAAGAAAAGUGCCACAAGAACAAUAACACACAGAUCGAGGAAAAAUAAAAGUGAGUCACAAAGAUGACCAUGUUCGGGAGUCUGGUGCAACGGCUGACGUCGCCCGUCACCUCGCCGACCGCGUCCCGCAGACGCUUCAAGUCGUCGAGCCGCUGGGAGGUGCAGAGCGAGCCCGAGGACGAGGCCACCACCACCACCGCUACAGGAGGGGCCAUCUCCAGCAGCGGACCGUCCGCCCGCAAGUCCCGUGCCGCCAAGCAGCUGCUCAACAACAAGCGCAAGAGCAAGAGCCGAUGCCGCGGCCUCGAGGUCAGCGAGCCCCGGGCCUGCUCCUGGCAGGAUCAGCUCUUCCCGCCUCUGCGCGGCACCAAGAGCCUCGGACGACUCGACGGCAUGAAGGAGGUUCAGAGGCUAGCCGAGUACGAGAGGUAUCUGGGCCAGGAAGCCCGCAACUUGGCCAGCGACGCCGUGAGCAGCAGCCCCAGCAGUCCGGCCGGAGGCAACAGCCUCAACAAUAACAAUGGCAGCAGUAGCAGCGCUGCGGCAGUUCUCGAGCGGGGCCAGCUCGAGGGCGAUCUCCACCGCAUACAGGAGCUCUUCCCCAAUGACAAUUUGCGAUUGCACGAGCAGGACGUUCUCACAUCGAAGCCGAAGAACGUGGUGCGAAAACGAGGCAGCUCCGGCAGCAGCGGGACCAACGCCAACGGCAGACUGCCCCGGGCGCUCUCCCAGAAGGCCCUCAACCUCAUAGGCAGCGGCUCCUCGAGUCCGCUCAUGGGCAGUAGCCCCAGCGACGCGUUGGCCGCGCAGAAGGUCGCCGCCAACACGAGGCCAAAGUCGUCCUCGCCACGGAGCUUCCUCCUCGAGACGCCGGUGACGUUCACGACGGGCGUGCAGUCGCAGGACCGCCACAUGUUUCUCUUCACGGACCUGCUGUUGAUCGGCAAGUCGCGGGGCAACAACAGCUACAAGCUCAAGCAGGCCGUGCGCAUGAGCGAGCUCUGGCUCACGGUCAAUCACAUCGACGAGGUGGCCGAGACCAACAAGUCCCAGGAGACGAGCUUCGUGCUGGGCUGGCCCACCACCAACGUCGUCGCGACUUUUACGACCGCGGCGGGUCGGGAUCUCUGGUGGAACAAGUUGACCGAACUCGUGCGCAAGGAGAGUACCAAAGAGCCAAAGCAGACCAAUAUCCAAGUGGUCUACCACGACACGGAGAACAACACCGAAUACUGCAAGAAAAUCGCGGUAAACUCGGAGGACACGGCGGCCCACUGCCUGAACGAGGCCCAGCGACUGCUCGACCUGCAGGGGCCCUUCCAGCUGUGGGCGCGCACCUGCCACGAGGAGGCGCCCUAUCCGCUCGUCGGCCACGAGCGGCCCUUCGCCAUCAAGCUGUCGAAUCUCCGGCACAUACUGUCGAGCGAGGAGGGCUUCGACCUCGAGCACUGCAACAAGAGCGGCCACGACACCUGCCACUUCAUCCUCCGGCCCGUGCUCAAGUCGCCGGCCAAGAAGAACAAGUCCAAGAUCAGCGGCCUGCUGCGCCGCUCGCUGUCCCUCAAUCCCUCGGUGUUCGGCGUCAAUCUGUCGCGCCUCGACGAGAACGGCCUGCCCAAGCCGGUGCUCGUCAUGCUGCAGCAGCUCUUCGCCAAGGGCCCCUUCACCCAGGGCAUCUUCCGCAAGUCCGCCAACGUGAGGAUAGUCCGCGAGCUGCGCGACCAGAUCGAGUCGACGGGCGACACGAGCUCCCUCGAGGAGGCACCCGUGAUCGCGGUGGCGGCUCUCCUCAAGGACUUUUUGAGGUCGCUGCCCGAUCCGCUGCUCACCUCCCACCUCUUUCCCCUCUGGAUGGCCAGUCUCGAGGCCCCCGAUCCCUUACAGACUAUCAAAAGCAUACUGGACCGACUGCCCAAGGCCAACUACAGUCUCCUGUCGCACCUGGUCUGCGUGCUGCACCACAUAGCCAGGCGGGCCAAGCACAAUCUCAUGUGCGCGAGCAACCUCGGCGUCUGCUGCGGCCCGAGUCUGCUCUGGUCGCCGAGCCCGACGGUCAACCAGAGCCGAGCCAUACCCACCCUCACGGAGAUGCUCAUACGCAACUGCGAGCUGCUCUUCGGCGAGGGCGUCGUCCAGCUGCUGGGCGAGGAGCGCAGCGACAGCGGCGCCGAGGAGAGCACCGACAGCCUACACUCAGGUGGGCUUUCGCUCGACAGCCUCGAUCUGACGGAGCCGCCGCGCAAGGACCACAUGUCGCUGUCGCGCGACUCCGGCCUCACGCUGUCCGACUGCCAGCUCUUCAUACCCGAAUCGCCGGUCGGCUCCGAGGACUCCACCGUCAACGCCUCGAGCUCGAGCUACGAGAAAUCGCCCCUGUCCAAGGACCUCGACAAGCCCGCCUCCAUAGUCGCGGUCGGCAACAAGACCUACGUGAGAGUUUACCAGAAUCAGUGGGAGGACAGGUACACGACGAGUAGCGCGCAGCUCUUGCAGAAUGGCCUGACCGGCGAGCACCCGAGCCCCAAUCCAAAUUUCCAGAGACAGGAUUGGCUGAGGGUGCAUCUCAAGCGGGCGCCCAGAACCAAACACGAGCACGAGCAGCAACAGCAACAGCAACAACAGCAGCAGCAGCAGCAGCAACAGCAACGCAAGGAGGACCUGUACUAUCAUCGACAGUCGGACAACAAAGAGCACAUGGAAAAUCGCAAAGAAAUCUAUGUGAAAGCCAGCGACAAGAACGAAGCCGACACGUCGCUGACGACCAAUUGCAACGACGGAAACGUCACCUACGAGCAAAUCAAGAAGGACCGAUUCGGCGGAGAGUUCAAAAAGGUCAAGUCCGAAAUCUACGUGAACAGAGAGUCGCCGAAUUCGAGCAACGACAGCUACCGCGCCGACGCCAAAUUCAAAAAGGUCCGCAGCGAGCUGUACAUCAACAAGGAGAGCACGAGAUCCGAGCGCUACGAGUUCUACUCGUCCGUCAAGCCCGACAACAGUAUUUACGGCAAUCGAGACAUGAUCAGCGACAUGUACGGCUCUCGAGACAUUUACACGUUCAAACAGGCGGAGGCCAUCGACGUCUACGACGAGGAGGACGCGGAGGAGAGCAACGGCUCGUCGCACGAGGCGUCCUGGACGGAGACGCCGCCGCCGCCACCGCCACUGCCGCCGCGGCUGCGUCAUCUGCCCCCCGUACACAUGAACUUCGAGGACAGACACAAAAUAGCCUCGAGGUCGAGAUCUCUGCCACCGCCGCCACCGUAUCGUCCACCGCCCCAGCCCAGAGUACCAGUCGCAAGCCGACACGCCACCCGAUACUCCCGAUCGAUCGUCGACGACGAGAGCUACGUCUGAGCAAGAUCGAGAGACGCCGGUGGAAAUCAAUCCAGUUCUGCUCAACUCGUUCGCUCUCUCUCACCGUUGACACAAACACAAAGGUCACGAAUUCUGACCAAAUCCUAGUCGAAAUAUCUUAACACGAUAAAAGAAGACAGACGGAAUUGCCAAGUAGCAGCCAGCUUCGUUCACGAACGAAUCGACUUUGUACGUCUGUCUCGAUCGCCAAGCGCGCUUUUUUCUCCAAACACGUAACGUGCGAUUGUUCACGAUUGCAGGAAUAAGCCUUUUGUUGUUGUUCUUGUUAAUUUACACGAGUUGAUGUACUUGCGACGUUAAAUAUUAUUAAUUUUUUUGUUAUGCAGUGAUUCAGGGUGCUUCCAUAUUGCGAUAGAACAAAAUCUAAUGGCUUUGUAUAAAGAGUUGUUCAAUAUAUUAUAUUAAUUAUUAAAAUUAUACUCGUAAGAAGUGUGAAUUUUUAUAAUGAGUGUGUUUGUGUGUUAAAUGGCUGAAUCGAUCUGAGAGAUUGAAAAAGAAAAUGUUUACUGUUAUUAUUUUAAUAUUUCCCUGAUUAAGUACACACAUUAAUGCAUUUUUCUCCCGAUUAUGAUUAUGCGUUUGUACAGAAUAUGACGUACGACUGCUUUUGAUUGAGUUGAGAAAACCAUGUGAGACUUUGAAGGGCCGUUAAUGUACAUUGUAAAUAUUUGCGACCGAUUGCAAUGCUCUGCAAUUAAUGACCAAAUUGUUAAAAAGUUACUUUGCAGCAACAGUCAUUUUUUCAAUUGGCUGCAAUAUUUUUCCCUAACGACCUUUCAUUGUACUCAACAGUGUGAGUAAAACACGAUUAACAUAUAUUGAUGAAUGAUUCGUAGCGAUACCGAAGAUUUUUUUUUUUAAUAAAAAUUUACGAAGACAAUCGCUCAUCUAACUCGAAAAAUGUCAAUUAUGCUCAUUUUGGCUACUCGAAUGCAUCGAUUUAUGCAUUUGCAUUGAUCAUCUUUAUAACGAAUCUUCGCGCAAAAAAACAUUACGAUGUAACAUUAACUCAUUUGAUUUUUACGUAUUACGUAGAUUACUAAUUAAAUACUUUUCUAGACUUAAAAAAAUGUCACAUGAAUAUAUGACCUUAUGAAUGUAAGUUUGUAAGUCAGACAAAUCAUCUCUUAGAAUUAAAUAUAUUUUAUGUUAAAUAUAUAAAAAAAUUAAUUUACGGUUAACUAUUUGAAUGAAAACAUUUUGUAAAUAUUAUCUUUUAUAUCGUUGAAUUUGUAAACGUGAAACUACACAUCGUUAUACAACGCAAAUAAAUAUCUAUACAUAAUUAAAAUUAUAUGACAAUACUAUCAAAAAUAUAAAUAUAUUUCUUAUUUUAUACA